GCGCUUGCUGGGCAUCAGUCUUCAUUGACAUUCUUACGAACGACAGCUUCUAUCCGUUUUAAAAGUUCUUAUUUCAAGUUAUUGAGCGAUAUUUGUUAAAGUUUCUUUUACCUGUUUAAGUUUAUAUUUUGCUCUUUGAAAAAUGUUGUCUUCGAAAUCACAAAACGUGUCUUCUACUGAAAAUGUCUCAAGAGCCUUGAAAAAUACGAAAAUUUCUGAUGAAAAUAUGGAGAAUUCGUACAAAGUGAUGGAAACCAAAAUGCUUGCAAGAAACACUGGCAAAAGAAUUCUGGGAGAAGUUCAGAAUACAACAGCACUCACAUCAUCACCACAGAAAAAUAAGUCGAAACAAGUGCAAAAACCAAAGGCUCGGUUUGACAAAGAGAAGGAGCCUUUACUUCGUGACAACCCUCGCCGUUUUGUCAUCUUUCCAAUCGAAUACCAUGACAUCUGGAAAAUGUACAAGAAAGCUGAAGCAUCAUUCUGGACAGCUGAAGAGGUUGACCUUUCCAAAGACAUGGUUCACUGGGCAGGUUUGAAACCAAAUGAAAGGAAAUUCAUUUCUCAUGUCCUGGCUUUCUUCGCCGCUUCAGAUGGAAUUGUCAAUGAGAAUUUGGUUGAGAGAUUUGCGCAAGAAGUCCAGGUCACUGAAGCAAGAUUUUUCUACGGAUUCCAAAUAGCGAUUGAAAAUAUUCAUUCUGAAAUGUAUUCUUUAUUGAUCAACACUUAUAUCAGAGAUCCUAAAGAAAGAAACUAUCUUUUUAAUGCAAUUGAAACUAUGCCUUGCGUUCGUGAGAAAGCUGACUGGGCUUUGAAUUGGAUCAACGACCAAAAUUCAACGUUUGGUGAACGUGUCAUCGCUUUCGCUUCCGUCGAAGGAAUAUUCUUCAGUGGUUCCUUUGCUGCCAUCUUCUGGCUGAAGAAACGAGGACUUAUGCCUGGAUUAACAUUCUCUAAUGAACUAAUUAGCAGAGAUGAGGGCCUUCACUGUGAUUUUGCUUGCCUUAUGUACAAACAUCUCGUCCAGAAGCCAAGUCAGGAACGAGUCACCAUGAUUAUUAAAGAUGCCGUGGCUAUUGAACAGAAAUUCUUGACGGAAGCUCUCCCAGUUGCACUUAUUGGAAUGAAUAACACCCUCAUGAAGCAAUACAUUGAAUUUGUUGCCGAUAGACUGCUGGUUGCAUUGGAAUGUCCUAAGGUUUACAAUGUUGAAAAUCCAUUCGAUUUCAUGGAGCUCAUUUCACUAGAAGGAAAAACAAAUUUCUUUGAGAAAAGAGUCGGCGAAUACCAGAAGGCCGGCGUAAUGUCUAAUUCAGAGGAUAUGAAAUUUACUUUAGAGGCAGAUUUUUAGGUUUUAGAAAAUUAUUUUCAUUUUAUCAAAUGUUGCUUUUAAUGUUUUAGUAUUGAAAUGCAAUUCAUGUUUUUAGCUGCUGUAAGCUAAUUUUAUUUUAAUAUUCAAAUGGGUUUUCAAAGUGAAUUGCUAAUUUCUGGUCAUUGCUACUGCCAAUGCAUAAGUAUCCCAAACAGCUUGGGAAGUACCAAAAUUUGAAAAAAAAGUC